AUGGAAGAGGAGCUACAAGAAAUCCUAACCAAAUCUGAAAAGGAACAGGCAGUUAUCAGACUCAAGGAUUCGACCUUCAGAGAAAAAAAAUUGCUUAAAUUUAGAAACACCGAAGUAGGUGAACUCUGUCGGACUGAUUGGCUAAUCCAACAGGUCGGGUAUCGCCACUUUUGUUUGAAGAAAUCGGAAAUAUCAGAGAAAGAAGAAGAAAAAAAAUGUCCAAUGACCGAAAUGCGAGAGCUGUCAAGGCUUUUCUUACGGUUCAAAACAGUGUGUACUGAGCCUGUUACUCCGGAGGACAUGUUCUUUAGGACAAAUUUGCCAAACUUGCGUGAAGCCAUCGAAAUGCACACACAGGAGGAAAAUGGUCAAGAAAAGCAGGAACUAAAAGUAAAUUUAAAUGCCAUUAUAUUGCGGUCACUUGUGGUUGCGAGACUCACCCUCUAUAAUGGUAGGCGUGGGGAUGAGCCAUCCCGCAUGCUGGUGAAAGAAUGGGAGGACGCUAUUGACGGUACUUGGAUACCAUCAGAUCACGUGGAGGACGAGGCUGAGAAAUAUCUUAGAUUGGCGUAUCUUCAUGGAAAGGGAAGAAAGUUUGUACCAGUCCUGAUUCCAGAGGCUGUCACUGAAGCAGUCCAAAUACUUCUGAAUCGAAGAGGAGAAAAUGGAGUUAGUGACUCAAACAUAUUCCUCUUUGCGACGAAGGGGUCAAAUAGCCAUUGUUCUGGGUGGCAUUGUGUUAGGGAUGUUUGUUCGCCGGCUGGCGUGAGGGUGAACGCCACCCAGAAUCGCCACAGAAUUUCCAGCUAUUACGCCAGUCUGGACAUGAGCACCACCGCUCAAGCUGCCUUUCUUGAACACAUGGGCCACGAAGCCAGAAUAAACAAAGCAACUUACCAGUGCCCAAUGGGUAUACGGGAAGUCACAGUCAUGGGGAAGAUGCUAAACGCUAUAGAUGAUGGCUUCAUAGACAACAUCAGCAGUCAGCCAUCACCCGUGACCUUGUGA